AGACCAGAGAUUUGGUGCAGGCGUGGACCGAGCGAAGGUGCAAACUCUUUAACACUCUCACGAGAAAAUAUGAGAUUUGACUGAUUAUUGUUUACAUUGCAAAAAAACAAAACAAAAUAUGAGAACCGAACCGAAUCGAUCCGCACUAAACUGAGGCAUCCUGACCCAGCUGGCACAACUUCAGAAACACUUUGGCUUCUUCCUCACGUCUGGCAAAAGAGAGACAAGACGCAACUUUGUUUUGGUGGAGCUACAAAGCAAGAAAAGGAAAAGACAAGACGGGCAUCGGCGCUGCUUUGGGCAUCACUUGGCACCAGGUGGAAAAGUGGUCAUCUUUGGGGUCGUGCGCCUUUGUGUGGAGCCAGAGAGCCUCCAGAGACACUGUGUGCGUGAUUGUCUUCAGGGGGUGUUCGAUGUGAUGGGUUUCCCCGCCUAGGUGGCAUAGCAGAGCGGGUUCGGAAUACCCAGAGUGGUCGCGGCCUCCGUCUGGAAUCCACCGGUGUCUGCCUCCCCCGCGCCCCGGCCUUCAGCGUUUGGAGCCCAGGCAGAAAACACGCGAGGGACGGGGCUGUGCGCGCGGCCUGCAGCCAGUCAGGGAACAACGGGGACGACAUCAGGCUUAACUGCAGGCCCUCCCGUGGACCGAACCGUGAUCAGAGCCACCAUGAUGGAAGAACUGCACAGCCUGGACCCCCGGAGACAGGAGCUGCUGGAGGCGCGCUUCACUGGGGUCGGCGUCGCUAAGGGUUCAGGCCAAAGUCAGAAUGAGUCAUCCAAUCAGAGCCUAUGCAGUGUGGGCUCGCUCAGUGACAAGGAACUGGAGACUCCUGAAAAGAAGGCGAAUGACCAGAGGGUUCGCAAAAGAAAAGCGGAUCACUUUGAUGGCAGCCAAGGCAAAUCAGGAGCAAGAGGACACAAAAUUAGUGAUUAUUUUGAGUUCGCGGGGGGUACUGGGCCUGGAACCAGUCCUGCCCGGGGCAUACCUCCAGUUGUCCGCUCGUCUCCUCAGCACUCGCUCUCAAACCCUCCUGUGACGGUGCAGCAGGGAAGCCCCUCGUCCGUCGGCUCGUCAAACACAGAGCUGUCCUCAUGUUCACUGAAGCCGCUGUCUCUUCUUCUGCUGCACAAAGCCACACAGUCGGACCUUACUCUAGAGAAAUUAACAGCAAUAGAGAACAACAAGAACUCUGACCUGGAGAAGAAAGAGGGGAGGAUAGACGAUUUACUGAGGGCAAACUGUGACCUGAGGAGACAGAUAGAUGAACAACAGAGGAUGCUAGAGCGAUACAAGGAACGCUUAAAUAAAUGUGUCACCAUGUCCAAGAAGCUGUUGAUCGAAAAGUCCAAACAGGAGAAGAUGGCGUGUCGGGACAAAAGCAUGCAGGACCGACUGAGGCUGGGACACUUCACCACAGUGAGACACGGAGCAUCCUUCACAGAGCAGUGGACAGACGGAUACGCCUUUCAAAACCUUAUCAAACAACAAGAAAGGAUCAACUCACAGCGCGAAGACAUCGAGAGACAGCGUAAACUACUGGCCAAACGCAAGCCCCCCUCCAUGGCCCAGACCCCCCCUCCCAGUUUAGAGCAAAACAAAAGGAAGAGCAAAGCCAACGGCACUGAGAGUGAAACAUUAUCACAAGCCGAGUAUCACGAGCAAGAAGAAAUUUUUAAACUUAGACUAGGCCAUCUUAAAAAGGAGGAAGCCGAGAUUCAGGCAGAGCUGGAGAGAUUGGAACGAGUCCGAAAUUUGCACAUUCGAGAACUCAAAAGGAUUCACAAUGAAGAUAACUCCCAGUUCAAAGAUCACCCAACGUUAAAUGAUAGAUAUCUGCUUCUCCACUUACUGGGACGAGGAGGUUUCAGUGAAGUUUACAAGGCUUUUGACUUGACGGAGCAGAGGUAUGUUGCUGUUAAAAUCCACCAGUUGAACAAGAAUUGGAGGGAUGAGAAGAAAGAAAAUUAUCACAAGCACGCAUGCAGAGAGUACAGAAUCCACAAAGAGCUGGACCACCCUCGCAUAGUUAAACUCUACGACUACUUUUCGCUCGACACCGACUCGUUCUGCACGGUGCUGGAGUACUGUGAGGGAAACGACCUGGACUUUUACCUGAAGCAGCACAAACUGAUGUCAGAGAAGGAAGGUCGCUCCAUCAUCAUGCAGAUCGUCAACGCGCUCAAGUACCUCAACGAAAUCCGACCACCAAUCAUCCACUACGACCUCAAACCCGGUAAUAUCCUCCUAGUGAACGGCACGGCCUGUGGGGAGAUCAAGAUCACAGACUUCGGCUUGUCCAAAAUCAUGGAUGACGACAGCUACAACUCUGUGGACGGCAUGGAGCUGACGUCGCAGGGGGCAGGGACCUACUGGUACCUGCCUCCCGAGUGCUUCGUCGUCGGUAAAGAGCCUCCAAAAAUCUCAAACAAAGUGGACGUUUGGUCUGUGGGAGUGAUCUUCUACCAAUGUCUGUACGGCCGAAAGCCGUUUGGACAUAACCAGUCGCAGCAGGACAUCCUCCAAGAGAACACCAUCCUGAAGGCCACAGAUGUGCAGUUCCCUCCUAAACCUGUAGUCACACCAGAAGCAAAGGCCUUUAUACGGCGCUGUCUAGUGUAUCGUAAAGAGGACCGCAUAGACGUGCAUCAGUUGGCCAGUGACCCGUUCCUGAUGCCUCACAUCCGAAAGUCUGUGAACUUCUCGGGGUCGUCAGGGACCGCCGUGGCCUCCACCUCCAGCUCCUCCAACAGCAGCGCCUCCAACUGAGCCCACCCCAAAAAAAACAGACACACGGGCGGAUGGCAGAGGGGCUCCAUAGCAUCCCAGAGCCGACAUGGAGAGCCAGAGAGCCAACACGGAGAGCCCGGGGGAGAGCGCUCAGAUGGGGCAGUGGAGCGGUCGUGCCCUCAGGCUCUCCCCAGCCUGCUUUCUCCAGAGGGGGGCGCUGUUCUGGGGGUCAAAGCCCUAGAAAGUUUGGCAGUGUGGCGUAUGGGGACUUCGUUUCUUUUCUGCUUCAAAUAAAAAAAGAGAGAUUUAUUAGAAGUAUGGAUCUGCUUCAGCUCGGCCAUAAGGGACACAGACUGCUGAAGGCCUACAUAUCCCAUAAUGCAUCACUCCCGUGCAUGAGCUGGUCCAGACCCAGCCUGAUGUCCCUAAGCUCAAACUGUCCUCUCGUCUGUUGAACCAGAAUACCAGUUUGGGCCUGUUUUAUACCCAAAAUCCCACGUUUCCCUUAAAUUCCAUAUAUUUUGUUACGAGGAGAGAUGAGCCCUUCCCUCCAUUUCCUCCUUGUUCCUUUUCCUGUGACCAAAGCUUAAAACUUCCAGCUGGUGGCGCUGUUCCACCAAUGUUUUUAUAAUGAAUGGUUUUAGAGACGUGUUACUUGAUGCAGAGUGGAAGCGUUUGAGGAUAGAUUACCCCAUUUUACAUUUUUUUCAAAAGGUUUUCAGUUUGAGCAGUUUUCUGGACACAAACUGCUGAUUUUCAAGUUGCCUUUUCUUAGAGCAGUUCUCGUUUGGGUUGACCUCCCUCUCUACCAUAACACAUAUUUAUUUAGGUAUGUUUGAAUUUAUUUUUGGCCAAUGAAAUGCAAGGAACUGCUUCACGUUCUAGUACUGUCGGGCGAGACGGGCCUUAGCCGAGUCGCAUAAACCAUUAAAAACUAUUGGUUAAAACAC